AUGCUGGCUCGACGUCGGCCGCACACCCUGCGGCCGCCCUCGGUGGCGGGCUUGCGCGCGCUGCGAAGCACGCCGCCGGCACAGAUUGGUCCGCUGCUCGCCGGGCUCGGCGUCGCCGGCGUCCUCUAUGGCACGCGGCUGCUGCUGCAGGCGGCGCAGAACCCAAAGUUUCAGGAGGCGAUGCGGAGAGGAGGCGGCGGCGAUGGCUCGCCCGACGGCGAUCCCGAGCGAGAGCCGGACCCCUCGCGCGGCCGCACCGACAGCGGCGAGCCUGCGCCGCGGCGGACUGCUGAGCAGCCCUCGUACUUCACGACGGAGGCGAUGGGCUGCUCUCUCGGCGAGGGCUCCAAGGACUGGUCGGGCGCUUGCGCGGCCGUCUUUGAGGGCGGAGCGCCGCGCGUGGUGGAGAAUGAGAACGGCGGGCGGGUGACGCCGUCGGUGGUCGCGUUUGCGGACGACGGCGAGGCGCUGGUCGGCCUGACCGCCAAGAAGCUCCUCUUCUCAUCUCGCGCGACGGCCGUGUACGGCCACCAACUGCUGCUCGGGCGCGCGUUUGAGUCUCGAGAGACGGAGGCGCUGCUCGCAGCCACCAAGGCGACGCCGUUCGACGUGGUGCCCGACGAGCAAGGCCUCGCCGCGGUUAGAGUGCACGGAGUGCUGCACCCGCCCGCGGAGCUGGCUGCGCGCACGCUCGCCGCCCUCAAGGAGUCUGCCGAGCGGGUGGCGGGACGCAGCGUGACAGUCGCAGUCGCGGGGGUGCGCUCGCCCUGCCCCCCACCGCCGCCGCCGCUCCCUGCCGGUUGCAGGCGGUGCGGUCGCUCCGCACGUCCCCUCCCACCCCCGUGCACGCCGCCGCCGCUUGCGCCGCCGCCGCUUGCGCCGCCACCAUCAGCGCCGCCCUCGCCGCCGCCCUCCCCGCCGCCCUCGCCGCCGCCCUCCCCGCCGCCCUCCGCGCCGCCCUCCGCGCCGCCCUCCGCGCCUCCAGCGCCGCUGCUCCCGUCCGCCGCCGCCGCGCGACCCUCGCAGGUGCCGGCACCGGUCGACGAGCCCCUGCGCGCGGCGAUGGCGGCGGUCGCGCGGCGCGCGGGGGUGCAGCGGUUGGAGCUGGUCCCGUCGGCCGUCGCGGCGGCCCUCGCGGCGGAGGACGAGUUCCCCGACGAGCUCGCGUCGGCGGGGACGCUGGGCGUGCUCGAGAUGAGCGGGCUCUCCUCCUCCCUCACCGUGCUCGCCAAGCGGCCAGAGGGGGCGGAGGGCGGCGGAGGAGGCUGGGUGUGGGAGGUUGCGGCCUCGCACCGGCAGCACGGCGUCGGCGGCGAGUCGCUCGACGGCGCUCUGGUGGAGCACCUGGUGCGGGGCUUUCGGGAGGCGCACGGGAUCGACCUUUCUGCUGACCACCUCGCUCUGGUGCGGCUGCACGAGGCGUCAGAGGCGGCCAUCCUCGCGCUCUGCAGCUCGCCGAGCGUGCCGGUCUCUCUCCCGUUCAUCACCGCCGACGCGUCUGGCCCGAAGCACCUCGAGCAGACGCUCUCGCGCGCAGCCUUGGAGCGGCUUAUCGAGCCGGCGCUGGCCGCAGCGAUCGACGCUCUGCCCGCCGCACUGGCGGACGCGUCGCCCGCCCCUCAAGGGGUGGACCAGCUGCUGCUCGCGGGCGGCGCGGCGCGGCUCGACGCCGUCGGCGAGCGCGUCGGCCGCGCGCUCGGCCGCGCGCCGCUGCGGCCCGCGCGGCCGGAGGAGUCGGUCGCAGUGGGCGCCACCAUCUAUGCGCGCAGGCUGCAGGAGCGUGAGUUUGGCGGCGCGUGACACAAAAUAACAGGUUCUCCGCAUCUCGCUGUGGUGUCCUGUGGAGCGCUAACCCGUAACCGAUCCCACACGAGGCAGUUACAGUUCC